UAGUGCGGGAGAAGUGCGGGAGUAGUGCUGCUUUUCCUCUCAUAUAAUGAGGCUGCUGGGAGUUGUGAGCCCGUGUGUGUGGCUGGGUCGUAGAGCGGCCCUUGUCAUUGGGAGAAAAUCUUCUGUAUGUGGGAAAGCAACAAUGGCAACUUCUGUUGAAUAUGAGACUCUGUACACCGGGCAGAAGAUGCCACUGAUUGGGUUAGGUACUUGGAAGAGUGCACCUGGCCAGGUAAAAGAUGCAGUAAAAUAUGCCCUGGGAGUUGGCUAUCGUCACAUUGAUUGUGCCUUUGUUUAUGGGAAUGAAACUGAAGUGGGAGAAGCUAUCAAAGAAAGUGUUGGACCCGAUAAGGGAUUAAAAAGAGAGGAAGUAUUUAUUACCUCCAAGCUUUGGAAUAAUAAACAUCACCCUGAUGAUGUGGAAUGUGCAUUAAGAAAAACACUGCAAGAACUUCAACUGGAUUAUCUGGACCUGUACCUUAUGCACUGGCCAUAUGCUUUCAAGAGAGGAGAUCAGGUCUUUCCACAGAAUCCUGAUGGAUCAGUGCAGUAUGACCUUACUGAUUACAAAGACACAUGGAAAGCUAUGGAGAAGUUGGUGGAGAAGGGAUUGGCCAAAGCUAUUGGUUUAUCCAAUUUUAACAAAAGACAAAUGGAUGAUAUCCUUAGUAUUGCUACUGUUAAGCCAGCAGUGUUACAGGUUGAGUGCCAUCCGUACCUUGCACAGAAUGAGCUGAUCGCCUGUUGUCGUUCACACGGGCUUGUAUUAACUGGCUACAGCCCACUAGGAAGCCCAGAUCGGAGUUGGAGGAAACCAGAAGAUCCAGUUCUGUUAGAAGAACCUGGUAUUAUUGCAAUGGCAAAAAAAUAUAACAAAUCUGAAGCACAGAUUCUUCUCAGGUGGCAAGUUCAGCGAAGGAUUGUCACUAUUCCUAAAAGUGUCACACCCGCCCGUAUUCUACAGAACCUUCAGGUUUUUGAUUUCUCUUUAAGUGAAGAAGAGAUGCAGCUAAUCGGAGCACUUAAUAAAAACUGGAGAUAUAUUAUCCCGCUGAUAACGGUGAAUGGAAAAUCCGUUCCAAGGGAUGCUGGCCACCCUUUAUAUCCAUUUAAUGAUCCAUACUAAAACUGCUGAGGCACCUUUCAAAUGCCUUAUCUCUGUUGGCAACUAUUUCUCUGAACUACAGUAGCUGUUUGGCGCUUGCUUAGGAUUUGUAGUUCUUCAACAGCUUUAUUCAGUGUGCAUUACAUUUCCCCUUUCUUAAGAUGACUGUUAUAUACAGUCUGCUUUUUUGUCUAUUCUUUGUACUGAUGCUGCCAUAAUGGCACCGAAUAGAAACAUUUCAGAUCAUUACUGUCAGCAGUGAAAAUAAAUACAUUAUAUUUCUUCAA